GCCGCCGCGCCCGACACUGCCCGGGGCUCGCCCUCGCUCCGCUCCUUGUCCUCAUCCUGAGCCUCCUCCCGGCCUCGAAAAAGUUUUCUUUUAUCCCUUUCCUCGUUUCGGAGUUUUUUUUGGUGUUCUUGCUUUUUGUAAUUUUUUUUUUUUUUAGCGUUUUUUGCGCUGAGGAGAAGUAAUAAAAAGUUUUUUUGCGAGCCUCCUCUCCGCAGUCGGUGGAGACUUUGUUUCUCCGAGUUUUUACUUUUUCUUAACCCAUCCCUGCCCCUCAGCGCUUAACUUUUUAAUUUUUUUUUUAUCAUCAAUUUUUUUUCGCCCCCUUGUUCCCCCUCGGCCGCUUUCUCGCAUGAAUCUCCUCGACCCUUUCAUGAAAAUGACAGAAGAACAGGACAAAUGUAUCUCCGACGCCCCCAGCCCCACCAUGUCGGAUGACUCCGCCGGCUCCCCCUGCCCCUCUGGAUCCGGCUCGGACACGGAGAACACCAGACCCCAAGAGAACACCUUCCCCAAGGGCGACCCGGACCUGAAGAAGGAGAACGACGAGGACAAGUUCCCGGUGUGCAUCCGGGAGGCGGUGAGCCAGGUGCUCAAGGGCUACGACUGGACCCUGGUGCCGAUGCCGGUGCGGGUGAACGGCUCGAGCAAGAACAAACCGCACGUCAAGAGACCCAUGAACGCCUUCAUGGUGUGGGCGCAGGCGGCCCGCAGGAAGCUGGCGGAUCAAUACCCGCAUCUGCACAACGCCGAGCUCAGCAAGACCCUGGGCAAGCUCUGGAGGCUGCUGAACGAGAGCGAGAAGCGCCCGUUCGUGGAGGAGGCCGAGCGGCUGCGGGUGCAGCACAAGAAGGACCACCCCGACUACAAGUACCAGCCCCGGCGGAGGAAGUCGGUGAAGAACGGGCAGGCGGAGCAGGAGGAGGGCGCGGAGCAGACCCACAUCUCCCCCAACGCCAUCUUCAAGGCGCUGCAGGCGGACUCGCCCCAGUCCUCCUCCAGCAUCAGCGAGGUGCACUCGCCCGGGGAGCACUCGGGGCAGUCGCAGGGGCCCCCCACGCCCCCCACCACCCCCAAGACGGACACACAGCCGGGCAAGCAGGACCUGAAGCGCGAGGGCCGCGCGCUGGGCGAGGGCGGCCGGCAGCCGCCGCACAUCGACUUCCGCGACGUGGACAUCGGCGAGCUCAGCAGCGACGUCAUCUCCAACAUCGAGACCUUCGACGUCAACGAGUUCGACCAGUACCUGCCCCCCAACGGGCACCCCGGCCAGGUCACCUACACGGGCACCUACGGCAUCAGCGCCGCCGCGGGGGUCUGGAUGUCCAAGCAGCAGCAGCAGCCGCAAGCGGCGGCGCAGAUCCCGGCGCUGAGCGCCGAGCAGGGCCCCCAGCAGCAGCAACAGCAACAACAGCAGCAGCAAAGGACCCACAUCAAGACGGAGCAGCUGAGCCCCAGCCACUACAGCGAGCAGCAGCAGCACUCCCCGCAACAGCAGCAGCAGCAACAGCUGAGCUACAGCUCCUUCAACCUGCAGCACUACAGCUCGUCCUACCCCAGCAUCAGCCGCGCGCAGUACGAGUACGGCGAGCACCAGGGCUCCUCCUCGGGCUCCUACUACAGCCACGCCGGGCAGGGAGCAGGGAUUUACUCCACCUUCAGCUACAUGAGCCCCACGCAGCGCCCCAUGUACACCCCCAUCGCCGACAGCGCCGGCGUGCCCUCCAUCCCGCAGACGCACAGCCCGCAGCACUGGGAGCAGCCCGUCUACACGCAGCUCACCCGGCCCUAAGCCGGGGGAGGAGGCGCCAAAAAAAGGCAAAAAUUAAUUCAAAAUUAAAAAAAAAAAAUUCAUCAGAAAUGAGCGAAAGCGGCAAGGAGUUGCCUCAGAGCGCGUGAGGUCAAAGAGGUGAUUGAAAAGACGCUCGCAUGGAAGCCUUGAGCCUUCUGCACUACAGCAUCCUCCAGGACCCGCUCCCAACCCCAAAAUCUGGGACAGAGUUGCCAAGGACUGGACUUGAACUCUGCUUCUCCCGGCGUGGAGAGGAGAUUUCUGCCCAACGCGCCCAGCUGGCUCCUUCUCUGGACUUAUGUAAUGAUUUUUUUUUUUUAUUAGCAGUAAUUAAAAGCGAGAUAAAAAAAUAAAAAUUAAAAAAAAAGGGGGGGUAAAAGAGAAAACUCAGAGUCCUCUGUGAGGAAUAUUCUCUAUUUUAAAUAUUUUUAGUAUGUACUGUGUAUGAUUCGUUACCAAUUGUGAGGGGAUUUAUACCUAUUUUUUAGAGAUUUUUUUUUUGAAAUGCUCUUAUUUUUCCAACAGCUAAAAAAAAAAAAUGACACUUAGUGGAGCAGCCCUAGGUUUUCUUGCAGAGGUAUUUUUGUAUAGAAAAGUGUCUUUUUUUGCUCUAAAAAUGAAACUAAACCAGCGUGUGUUCUGCCCUGGGAACCCAGCACUGGGGCAGGCACCAGCAUGGGGAGAGGCUUUAUUUUUCUAACUCGUAGCAAAACCAGCCAGGAGGAGAAACUUCACUUUAUUUUUUAAUAAUAACCUUGAGCCUUAAAAGAAAAACAAAAAGAGGAAAAAAAAAAUGUUGAAAGAAAAUCCACGGAGCAGCCCCAAAGUGCUGCUGGAAGCCUUAAAGCAGCCCCUGAUAAUCAAUCACUGGGCUGGGGCUGAGCCCGACCCCUCCGGGCACCCCCUGCCCACCCCAGGCUGCCAAACCCAGCCAGGAGCCCUCACACAUCCUUUAAAUUAUUUAUUUGGGGAGAAGAGCAGCUUUUAAUCACCGUUUUUUUCCUUGGGUUUUGUUGUUUUGAAGUCCUUUCAGAAGCGUUGCAUUAGUUUGGGAGCAUUAUUUGGAAGGUGACCGUGCCUGUUAAAUUAUGGUCUGAAACUGUAACCAGUCCUUUAUUUAUCUCUUUAAUUCCUUUUUUUUGGUCAUUGUUAUUAUUAUUAUUAUUAUUCUUUUUUUUUUUUUUUUUUUGGAAUCUGUGUCCUGGGUUUGUACAAACUUUGUGCUCUUCCUUUUUUUUUUUUUUUUUUUUUGUUUUAUUUUUUUUGCCUUCGAGGAGAAACUGGAAGAAAAAAAGAAAAAAAUGAGAUUUGUACAAACUAAAGAUUGCAAAUGUAGCGGAUCACUGAAUCAUUUGCCUUGUUUCCUGCCUCAGCUCUCUGGGACACACGAGCUCGUGCAAGGACGAGCCCCACACCAGCCCUGCUGCAGGGCUGGCACCGUUUUAGCCUUCAAACCCCCCCAAAAAUCUGCCCGGGAGAGGAGAGCUGGGGGGGGACACUGAUUUUGGUGAAGCUGUGGCUGAACAGUUAAGGAUUGCUUUUUAAAAAAGACAGCAGACUUUUUUUUUAUUUAAAAAAAAAAUAAUGAUAUAUUUGUUAACUUUUUUUUUGUUUUUUUAGGGAUUCAGUAGGAGAAAAAACAAAAUCUUAAAGCACUCUUAUAAUAUGGCAUCUUUCUAUUUCUGUAUAAAAGCAGAUCUUUUUAAAGUAUUUCUGUAACUUAAAAGACCUGUCCUUUAAAUCAUAUUUUGUCUUUAGGUAAGUUUGAUUUGGUUUUGGUUACAAGAUCCUUCUCUCUGUGAAACUUACCUUGUUUUUUGUUUUGUUUUGUUCGUUUUGGUUUGGUUUUAUUUUUUUUUUGUAUAUUAUUGUUUGCAAUAAAUAUACAUUGUAUCAAAAGUU